AUGACUGACGGACUGGAUACUCACUGGACGAACCUCUCCGCCGUCCCCGGCCUUGCACCGCAGGGGGAUUCACCCGCGCCUUCCACAGACGGGUCAGGCGCAGUGUGCGGAGGCGGAACCGUUGGCGCUUCCGUCCAGCCCGCGACUUUCCGCUUCCCCGCGCUCGCGGGGAGGAAGCGCCGCCAGCGGGUCGGGGGAGCGUUCUUCGCGGCGGGAGAUGCGGAACGGGAGCUGCUGGCGAAGCAGCUGUCGUUACUGGUGACUGCGGAGGAAGUAGAGGCCAUCAUGCGACAAGUGCGGGGAGAAUCGGACGGCGCAGGAGAGUCCUUGGCGAGCGGAAUCGACGGUGCAGAUGCAGCCAGUGAAGAAGCCAGGAGAGAAGGUGACGCCAUGGCGGUUAACACGGAGGCGACAGAUAUUGACUCAGGAAAUGCAAGCGCCAUACCUCCUUCAAUUGAAGCUUCGGAUGUACUAUCCGGCGCUGUCGCGCAUAAAGCAGAUGCAGUAUCCGAGGCUACAGAGCGAAUCAUAAACAAGAACGCGUUCGAAGAGCCUAUCAGAUGCCCAAUCCCAGGCUGCCACGUGGUGGUGCAGGGAGCUCUGGCCCUGGACGCGCAUCACCAGGCCAUGCACCGCGCGAUGUGCGCCACGUGUAGCAAGGCGUUUCCCUCCAAUCGCCUGCUCAACAUCCACGUGGCAGAAGCCCAUGAUUCCUUCUUCCAGGCGAAGGUGGCGCGAGGGGUGGCCAUGUACGAGUGCCUGGUGGAGACAUGCACGCACCGCUUCCCCUCGGACGCUGAUGCUGGUGGGGGGGAUGUUGCAGAUUUGAUUGGGCACAUGGGAGCUCGUGGUGAUGCAGGUGUAACAGGUGGUGUAGAUAGCACGGGUGGCACCGGUGGUGCUGGCACGGCUGGCACAGUUGGCACAGUAAAGGUUAGUGAUGCAGUGUAUGCAGUACCAGGGGGUGAUGGCACACCAACGUGCGGAGCCACAGAAAACCUAGGAGGUCCAUUGGAAGCAGCAGCGUCAAGCCCUGUCGUCCCUGACUCAGGUGGCAUGGAUGUGGACAAGCUUGCAGUGGCUGUAUCUCGCCUCUCCACGUCGGACUUUGUGCCCCGGUCUGCGGCCUUGCUUUCGCGAUUACUUGCCCUUUUCCUCGUGCUUUUCGCGCAGCUCUCUCACGUCGCCCACCACACGACCGCAGCUGCCAGCCGCUUUGACAGCAGCGACCGCGGCAGCGGCAGCAGCAGCAGCAGCGCCACGAGCGCGGAUGUCAUAUUCACAGACGCUCCACAGAUCAGCAACGGGCAAAAGCGAAGCCGCAAUGAGGCGCGCGACACCCUUGUCGCUGCGGCCUCCGUGACUGCAAUGGCGGCGGCCAAACAGCCGCGACGCCAGCGAGCUGCCGGCAGAUGCCUCUCGCCGGCGCGGCUGUCCAAGUGGCGCGAGUUCAUUGGCUCGCUCCGGCCGUCCAUCGUGGUGGCGAAGGACGGGACCGGAAACUACCGCACUAUCUCGGAAGCCAUGGCGGCGGCUCCCAAGGGCGCGGUGAUCUACGUGCGCGCGGGCGUGUACGAGGAGCAGGUGCGCGUGCGGCAGGACCGCGUGGUGCUGGUGGGGGAGGGGCACAUGCGCACGGUCAUUCGGGCGGGGCGCAACCAGGCGGAGGGCACUCCGCUCAUGGACACGGCUACUCUCAGCAUUUACGGGUCGAAUUUCGUGGGCAUGGGGUUGGGCGUGGAGAACACGGCAGGGCCGCAAGGCAAGCAGGCGGUGGCAGCGCGGUCCGACGGCGACAAGACCGCUUUCUACCACUGCCGCUUCUCGGGAUACCAGGACACGCUCUUUGCGCAAGAAGGCCGGCAUUACUACAGCCACUGUCUGAUCGAGGGCACUACGGACUUUAUCUUCGGCCAUGCUGCUGCUGUGUUCUAUCGCUGCGCGCUCGUUGCGCGGCCCAGCCCUGAACCUGUCUACGUGGCGGCAUCAGGCCGAGCCUCGGCUUCAGAGGGCACUGGGUUUGUGUUUAUUCGAUCAGAGGUGAAGGGCAGUGAGCCGGGAACUCAGGCGAGCCAGCAGGGGAGGGUGUAUCUGGCCCGGCCGUGGGGCAUGUAUGCGAGAACAGUGUUCAUUGAGAGCAGGAUGAGCAGUGUUGUGAAUGCUGAAGGGUGGGCCGCUUGGCAUGGGAGGCCGUCGAGCCGGUCCCCGUUCUUUGCAGAGUAUGGGUCGCAUGGGCCUGGGGCUGCAGAUGGUAGGAGAGCGGCGUGGGGUACAGCCUAA